CUGUGCUGUCAUGUGGGCGAAGGAAGCUAAACCGAUGAAGAACGGCUAGUUGCCUUUACUUGAUUAAAAUUUCAUUUUAUCAAAUUAAUAUCGCCUUUUAUUUAUUUGAAAAAAUAUCUCCCUGAAUAGACCGCAUUUUGUUAUCCAAAGCACGCUUAUAACGUCAGCUUAGACGAAGUGUUGUCAAGCAGGAAUCAUCUACGAUAAGGGAAUACAUCCAGAAAGAGAAACCAUGAUGGUGAUUGAGCUGCCAACCCUCUAAGUUCCCCGAGAGAAGACAUCUGAUGAAAACUUACUGCAGUGUUGCAGAUUCAGCCGGCAUGGAAGACAAGGCAAAUGGCUCUGUUGAAACCAAAAGCCCAGUGGAGAAUGGUCAGCUGCCGGACCCUGCCAACUGGGGGGUCGCGGACGUCGUCAAUUACUUCAAAGCAACAGGGUUCGAGGAGCAAGCCACAGCUUUCCAGGAUCAGGAAAUCGAUGGCAAGUCCCUGCUCCUGAUGACGCGUAACGAUGUCCUGACGGGGCUGUCGAUAAAGCUUGGCCCCGCACUGAAAAUCUAUGAGUAUCACGUGAAGCCGCUGCAAACUCAACACCUGAAGACCAACGCCUCGUAGCACCGCAGGCUCUGCCAACACCCACCUCAGCGACAAUCAUCGUGUCAGGAGACCCCAGGUUAGCUGCCGCUUCACAAAGACUCCUCUCGCCCCAGUGGCACCUUAACAGGAUUUGAAUGCUGUAUGUUUUUAUAUGCGUGGACCCCAAAAAAAUGGGUUGCACUCAGCUGUUUACCCUUUCAGCCAUUCUUAUUUCUGCUGCUUGAGAUAUGUAUUUUAAUUUUGUGUGUGUGUUUUAUUUAAAAGAAGGAAACUUGGGGAGAAUACUACGCAGGUAUGAUCAUUUUUUGUGAGUGUGUGUGUAUGUACAUGUGUGUUUGUGCAUGUGUGCAAAGUGAGUUUACCUAUGUUGGUUUAAAAGAAAGUAUUUGUAUAUAAGAUGAUAUAUGGUUGAAAACUGUAUGUGCUGUCGUAACUGAACACUUUGAUACAUGCGGAAAAUUAUUCUGGUGCAUCCCAUUUCUAAAAUCAGUUUUUAUGCUCUAAACUGCGCAGCUGAGUUCACGAGUCAUCCUUAGCAUGUAACAAUGAAGAAUUUCGUUUUCCCAGACACAAGGAGCCAGCCAAAAGCCGCUUUGUAUCUGCACACCUACAUUAUAUAAAUAUUUAUGUGUAUAUAUUCUUACUAUAUUCCUACCUGUGGUGCUUUCAGCGUUGUCUCAUAGACAACUGUAUUGAAGUGUGUAUGACCAAUGUAUAUGUGCAACAUUAACACUGGAGUUUGAAUAUCUGAACCAGAGAUUUGCAAUAAAUGGUGCUCUUUUCUCACCAAAGAACAAUA